AUGACGGAUAUCAUGGAAAAGCCUAUACAACGUCGCUCCGAGACGUCGAACUCCUCCUAUGCAACUCGACCCAACGAUGUCUCUGCCAUGCGUGUCGUUGACUUCGCUGACUGUGGCCAGUGCUCUCAGUACCCCAAUCGGUGGUCAAAAAUCAGAGAGCAUAUCAGCGCACCUGCGGCCGAGUUCAUGGGUGCCUUCAUUCUAUGCUUGCUUGGGUGUGGUGGGAAUUGCCAGGCGAAUCUUUCCUCCAAUACAAAGGUAUCUGCAAGCCCAGCGGGGGACGCUGUCACGUCCAACCUCUCUUGGGCCAUCGGACUGGCCCUUGGUGUAUGGAUCUCUGGCAACUACUCAGGUGGUCAUUUGAACCCUGCAGUCACCAUAGCGUUUGCUACUGUCCGCGGGUUCCCCUGGAAGAAAGUUCCCUUGUACCUGCUUGCGCAACUCCUGGGAGCCUUAUGCGGAGCAGGUGUAGUCUAUGCCACUUACUUCCAUGCGAUCAGCAUCGUCGAAGGGGGUUCCGAUAUUCGUACAGUUGCAGUAACUGGUAACCUUUUUGGGACCUACGCAGCCGAUUACCUCACUUCAGUCUCCGCCUUCUUCGCUGAGUUUGUAGGGUCUGCCAUGCUCAUCACCGGAAUUUUCAUGUUCACGGAUAAAAAAAAUGGCCCUGCGCCUCCUGGUGUUGUUCCUGUUGGAAUAUUUUUCGUACUCCUUGGCAUCAGUUCGGCUCUUGGCAUGAAUACUGGAGCAGCCCUUAACCCUGCUCGUGAUCUGGGUCCCCGUAUCCUUACCGCCAUGGUUGGAUAUGGUAGUGAAGUCUUCAACUUCAGGAACCAGUAUUGGCUCUGGUGCCCUAUCCUUGGCCCGAUCUUUGGUAUGAUUGUGGCUGCAUUCUUCUACGAUGCCAUGCUGUACAGGGGUUCCGAAAGUAUAACGAACAAGCCGACGGAAGAGGCUGAAAGGCAUCACCUACACUCAUGCGGUCACCGAACCAAACUUAAUGGGGCUUCUGAAACGGUUUGA